AUGAAGGAAAUCGGCAGCAUCCCCGGGCAGCAGCCUGGUCGCAGUUCCAUACCGGGCAGGUUCCGCCAUGCGUUCGGACUACUCUCCAGAUUUUUCCGCACUUCUCCAAUUGGCGCGGUAGCUGCGGCGUUUCUGGCAUUUCUCAUUCUGCUAGCCAUUUUCGCCAAUGUGAUCGUGCCGAACGACCCUCUGGAAACCUUCCCCUCGUUCUUCAGGAAGGGACCCUCGAUGGAGCGUCCCCUGGGCAGCGAUCACCUCGGAAGGGAUGUGCUUAGCCGCGUCAUCGUAGGCUCGCGCACAUCGCUAUAUGUCGCUGUCUUGGCAGUAAGCAUUAGCAAGUUGAUUGGCUUCUCAUGGGGUAUUCUGACGGGCUAUACUGGCGGCAAAUUCGACCUGAUAAGCCAACGAUUCCUCGACAUACUCAUGUCGUUCCCCGGCAUCAUACUUGCGAUGCUCCUCCUGGUAGGAGUGGGAUCAGGGCUCUACACGGUCAUUGCCGCAAUCGCCAUCACCGGCGUUGCAGGCACGACUCGCGUGAUCCGGUCCGUAACUCUGUCCAUACGCGAGAUGGAGUAUGUAGAGGCAGGGCGCGCCUUGGGAGCAUCGCCCCUGCGCAUCAUGUUCGUUCACAUAACCCCGCAGUGCAUCGCUCCCUUGAUGGUGCUUGCCAGCGUCAGCCUUGGCGGCGCGAUUUUCGCCGAGGCUGCGCUAAGCUUCCUAGGCCUUGGCAUACCGCCACCCAAUCCAAGCCUUGGCAACAUGCUGGGAGGUGUGCUGGGCGACGCCUUCAAACCCCCUUGGUGGCUUGUCUUCUACCCCGGCAUAACCAUCACACUGACGAUUCUCGCCUUCAACAUCUUCGGCGACGGCAUGCGUGACCACCUCGACCCUAGACUAAGGGGACGCCUCAACUAA